AUGCCCUAUACACCUUAUACGCUACAGACAAUUCUUUCGUCACCGAGAAUAGAAGAGCCGAUCCAAGCUUCGACCAGCACUUCGUUUUUUUCCAGAAGACCCACUUCACCGUCGUCACCGUCAACGGAUGGCGUUACUUCACCGACUAUUCGUUACUCAUCUACGAAUCGCAUAGAUUCAGUGGCUGCUUGGGAUAGCGAUGUUUAUUGCGGUACUUCUGAUGGCGUUAUUUUACAUUACUCCAUUGAAGACACUUCCUCUCCAGAUAAAACAUUUUCAACACGAUUAGAAAAUACUAUUAACUUAGGAUUCGGUAAAAGAAGUGUCGAACGCAUUUUAUUGAUACCUCAAGUCUCGAAAGCCGUUGUACUUUGUGAUUCCACACUCUCGUUCUUCUCUUUACCGUUUUUUGACCCUAUUCCCGUACCUUUGAUCCAACCUAUCAAAGGCGUAUCUUGUUUUUCUCAUGAUAUUGGUGAGGAAGGCAGGAUCGGAGAAGAUGGUACCGUUGAAUUAUCGGUGAUCAAACGACGAGCCAUUCAAAUCUACAAAAUUGGUGAAUCCAUGCAUCUAAAAAAGGAAAUACCACUGCCAGAUGGAGCACUUACAUUAACAAGACACAGUAAAAUCAUUUGUUUAGCCGACAGUCAAAUCUACAAAUUAAUCAAUUUACAACAAUCCUUCGUCACAGAAUUGAUACCAACACCACAAGUAUCUGUCACACCCACAUUAUUAUUAGGCUCAGGUACACAACCUCGACCUUUGGUAGCCGUUGUCAAACAAGACGAGUUUUUAUUGGUCAGUGGUAACGAAGAAGGUCAGAUUGGUUUGUUUAUCAAUGGUAACGGAGAUCCCAUCCGAGGCACCUUACAAUGGUCCAGUUAUCCCAAAGCUUUAUGCGUCGAAUUCCCCUAUGUCGCUGCACUCUUGCGUAAUAAUUCCAUUGAAAUCCACAAUAUUUUAGAUCAAACACUUUUGCAGACCAUCCCUUUGGAUCCCAGUAUAGACGCCAAAGGUAUGGCUUUAGGUCAUGGCAUUAAAGUAUGGAUGGAUGAAUUAGCACACAAAUUACAGAGACAUCCAUGGCAAAAGGAAGAGCAGGAGGAUGUGGAAUUGUCCAGUCAAUUGCAACGAGAAAUCAGCCGUUACUCUACUGCUGCUGCACGUAUUUUAGUGUACGGCAAUGAUACGGUCUUGGCACAAGUGUCUACCCCUUUGGUUGUGCAAGUGGAUAGUUUGUUGGAAAAUAAUCUGGUAGAGGAGGCUAUGCAACUGGCUGAACAAGCCCGUAACACCAUGUCCAGCGAUAACAAUGUCUAUGUCGAAAGACUACGAUCCGAGUUGGAUUACACCUACCAAAAGUCCGGCUUAUUGCUUUUAAAGGAAACCUUAUUUGAUGAUGCCUUCACUUUAUUGUCCAAGGGUGAUUUGGAUCCACGUGUUGUCAUUCAUCUGUUUGAAGGUUUGGCUCAAUCGAAAUGGUUGAAGGAAGCACCUACUAUUCUAUUAUUUGACGGUGUCAGAGCAUUAAUUGAGGAAGUGGGUUCUGUCAAAGAUGUGGUGAAUCACAGUUUAAACAGCGAAGAUAAUCAACCUGAAAUGCGCCGUGUGCUAUUACUGAAUGCAAGAGAGGCCCUCAAAAAGUAUUUAUUGCUCGAACGUAGAAAGAGAAGGGAUCGUAUGGGACAAAAUGAUACAUUGUGUAAAGUCAUUGAUACAUCCUUGUUAAAAAUCUACAUGUCGCAAAAGGAUGAUAAAUCUAUUUACGAAUUAUUAAAACAGCCUAAUGAUUGCAGUAUUGAAGAUUGCGCUAAAGCAUUAUCCAAAUCCAAGAAAUACUAUGCAUUAUCCAUCAUGUACGAAUCCAAACACAUGUAUGAGAAGGUCUUGGAUAUCUGGACAAAGAUUUAUUCUGGUGAACUUCCUGACGAAGAAUUUAAAGAUGGAUUAACACGCAUCAAGAGAUUAUUAUUAAAGGACGUUCAUUCACAAGAACUCCCUUUAUCUGUUAUUAUGCGAUAUGCAUGGUGGUUAACCCAUGAAAGCCCUGCCGAUGGUGUGGAGGUUUUUACACGAUCACCUCGUACAGAAGAUAUGGACCCCGACGAAAUUCUUGACAAAUUAGAAAGUUACAGUAAUGAAGGUGUCCGGACAUACCUCGAGUACCUUGUCAUGACGCAAAAGAGUGAAAGAGCGGAAUACCAUACAAGGCUUGCAUGCAGUUAUGUGCGUGACGUACAAAAAGAGAUUGAGAAUAAUAAUCAAUCAAAGCAAAUGGAUGAAUUAGUCAAGGGAUUCAAAAAACAUGUCAACCCAAUGAAGAUUGAAAAUCCAGAUACGAGUGAUACUUUGAGUAAAUCCACUUUUGUGGGUUACCUCGCAUCUCAAAAGACGCCGUUAGUCAAGUUACGAUUGUUGUUAAUUCGGUUGUUAUUACGAUCUCAAUUGUAUUCGCCGGAAGUAUUAUUAACCGUGUUGUCAAAGGCUGGUCCUUUAGCGAUAGAAAAAGCCAUUGUAUUCGGAAGGAUGGGCAAACACAAGGAAGCACUUGAUAUCCUGAUUCAUGAAUUGAGUGAUUUCGUUGGUGCAGAAACUUAUUGUGUCACCAAUGGACAAAGUACAGGUGUCAUACCCGCAGCUGCUUCAGAUGAUGAUAAUGAUCAGCAACAACAGCAGCAGCAGCAGCACCAAACAAUGCCUCGUUCCUCUUCAUUAGUGGGUGUUAAAGAAAGGCCAUUACCGACGCUUAUUCCUGAGAAAGAUGGAGAUUAUCUUUCUACCGACCAAUUAAAUGAAAGGAAAGCUCUAUUUACCAUGCUGUUUAAAUCGUACAUUGCCAUCAAAGAUAGUAAACUCAUGAUUGCGCGUAGUAUGCAUUUACUGAAUACCCAGGGAGUUUAUUUGGAUACCUUAGAGGUUCUUGAAACUAUACCCGAAGAUUGGUCAGUUCAUAUGUUACAGGAUUUUUUAAUUCGAUCACUUCGAAGAUCAUUGGAUGAUUACAAUGAAAGUCGUAUUGUUGUUGCACUAGGCCGGGGCGAAAACUUGAUGGUGAGUAGUGAAAUGAUCAAGACGUAUAAAGAAAUCGGAUCAAUUACGGUAGACUAUGAAACAACCUGUCUGAAAUGUCAUCGUAUAAUCGGUGAUAGUAUUUUUGUGAGAGAAAGUGAGCAUGGACAAAUACUUCACCUCCAUUGUGCCAAAUUGCUCCGUUUGGUGGAAUAA